GGUCGCCGGCGCGCACGUGAGAGGAAGUGCCGGUACCCGCGGCCGCCACUCCGACCUGUCUCUUUAGUUACGCUCUUCCGCUGGCCGGCCACUGCCUCCGGCUGUGCUGCAGCUAUGGGAGUCCCGGCGUUUUUCCGCUGGCUCAGUCGCAAGUACCCGUCCAUCAUUGUCAACUGCGUGGAAGAAAAGCCAAAGGAAUGCAGUGGUGUAAAGAUUCCAGUUGAUGCCAGUAAACCUAAUCCCAAUGAUGUGGAGUUUGAUAAUCUAUAUUUGGAUAUGAAUGGAAUCAUCCAUCCCUGUACUCAUCCCGAAGACAAACCAGCACCAAAAAACGAAGAUGAAAUGAUGGUUGCAAUUUUUGAGUAUAUUGACAGACUUUUCAGUAUUGUAAGACCGAGACGACUUCUCUACAUGGCAAUAGAUGGAGUGGCACCACGUGCUAAAAUGAACCAGCAGCGUUCGAGGCGGUUCAGAGCAUCAAAAGAAGGAAUGGAGGCAGCAGUCGAGAAGCAGCGAGUUAGGGAAGAAAUACUGGCAAAAGGUAAAGAGUAUACAAAAGCAUAUGUGGUUAUUUUAUCUGAUGCUAGUGCUCCUGGUGAAGGAGAACAUAAAAUCAUGGAUUACAUUAGAAGACAAAGAGCCCAGCCUAACCAUGACCCAAAUACUCAUCAUUGUUUAUGUGGAGCAGAUGCUGAUCUUAUUAUGCUUGGCCUUGCUACACAUGAACCCAACUUUACCAUUAUUAGAGAAGAAUUCAAGCCAAACAAACCCAAACCAUGUGGUCUUUGUAAUCAGUUUGGACACGAGGUCAAGGAUUGUGAAGGUUUGCCAAGAGAAAAGAAGGGAAAGCAUGAUGAACUUGCAGAUAGUCUUCCUUGUGCAGAAGGAGAGUUUAUCUUUCUUCGUCUUAAUGUUCUUCGUGAGUAUUUGGAAAGAGAACUCACCAUGGCCAGCCUUCCGUUCACAUUUGAUGUUGAGAGGAGCAUUGAUGACUGGGUCUUCAUGUGCUUCUUUGUGGGAAAUGACUUCCUUCCUCAUUUGCCAUCAUUAGAGAUUAGGGAAGGUGCAAUUGACCGUUUGGUUAACAUAUACAAAAAUGUGGUACACAAAACUGGGGGUUACCUUACAGAAAGUGGUUAUGUCAAUCUGCAAAGAGUACAGAUGAUCAUGUUAGCAGUUGGUGAAGUUGAGGAUAGCAUUUUUAAAAAGAGAAAGGAUGAUGAGGACAGUUUUAGAAGACGACAGAAAGAAAAAAGAAAGAGAAUGAAGAGAGAUCAACCAGCUUUCACUCCUAGUGGAAUAUUAACCCCUCAUGCCUUGAGUUCAAGAAAUUCACCAGGUUCUCACGUAGCCAGUAAUCCGAGACACGCAGCCUAUGAAAUGAGGAUGCAGAAUAAUUCUAGUCCUUCAAUAUCACCUAAUACGAGUUUCACAUCUGAUGGUUCCCCAUCUCCAAUAGGAGGAAUUAAGCGAAAAGCAGAAGACAGUGACAGUGAACCUGAGCCAGAGGAUAAUGUCAGGUUAUGGGAAGCUGGUUGGAAGCAGCGGUACUAUAAGAACAAAUUUGAUGUUGAUGCGGCUGAUGAGAAAUUCCGUCGUAAAGUUGUACAGUCUUAUGUUGAAGGACUUUGCUGGGUUCUUCGAUAUUAUUACCAGGGCUGUGCUUCCUGGAAGUGGUAUUAUCCAUUCCAUUAUGCACCAUUUGCUUCAGACUUUGAAGGUAUUGCAGACAUGCCAUCUGAUUUUGAGAAGGGUACAAAACCGUUUAAACCACUAGAACAACUUAUGGGAGUUUUUCCAGCUGCAAGUGGUAACUUUCUACCUCCAUCAUGGCGGAAGCUCAUGAGUGAUCCCGAUUCAAGUAUAAUUGACUUCUAUCCUGAAGAUUUUGCUAUUGAUUUGAAUGGGAAGAAAUAUGCAUGGCAAGGUGUUGCUCUAUUACCAUUUGUGGAUGAGCGAAGGCUGCGAGCUGCCCUAGAAGAGGUAUACCCAGACCUCACUCCAGAAGAGACCAAAAGAAACAGCCUUGGAGGUGAUGUCUUAUUUGUCGGGAAACAUCACCCACUCCACGACUUCAUUUUAGAGCUGUACCAAACAGGUUCUACUAAGCCAGUGGAUGUACCGCCUGAACUAUGUCAUGGGAUUCAAGGAAGGUUUUCUUUGGAUGAAGAAGCCAUUCUUCCAGAUCGGCUGGAGUAUAGAAUUGAAAGGCAUGCUCCUAAGCCCAUCACAAACAAUCUGGCUCUGACAGAUUUGAUGUGGACACUGGGGUCUCUGGCUUACAUUGAAGCAUUGGCGCUUCAGGCCACCAAGCUAAUACGAUCAAAUUAUUGUUUAUUGUUCUUUUCCAGUAUUAAUUUUAAAGACCCGCAGUUUGCUGAAGAUUACAUUUUUAAAGCUGUAAUGCUUCCUGGAGCAAGAAAGCCAGCAGCAGUACUGAAACCCAGUGACUGGGAAAAAUCCAGCAAUGGACGACAGUGGAAGCCCCAACUUGGCUUUAACCGGGACCGGCGACCUGUCCACCUAGAUCAGGCAGCCUUCAGGACUUUGGGCCAUGUCAUGCCGAGAGGCUCAGGAACCGGUAUUUACAACACUGCUGCACCACCACCUGCGACUUACCAGGGAAACUUAUACAGGCCACUGUUAAGAGGACAAGCCCAGAUUCCAAAACUUAUGUCAAAUAUGAGGCCCCAGGAUUCCUGGCGAGGUCCUCCUCCUCUUUUCCAGCCACAAAGAUUUGACAGAGGCGUUGGAGCUGAACCUCUGCUGCCAUGGAACCGGAUGCUCCAAACCCAAAAUGCAGCCUUCCAGCCAAACCAGUAUCAGAUGAUAGCAGGACCUGGUGGGUAUCCACCCAGACGAGAUGAUCGUGGAGGGAGACAGGGAUAUCCCAGAGAAGGAAGGAAAUACCCUUUGCCACCACCCUCAGGAAGAUACAGUUGGAAUUAAGCUUUUGUAAAGCUUUCCCAAAUCCUUUCAUCCUUCUACAGUUUUAUGCUAUUUGUGGAAAGGAGAUUUCUUUCUCAAGUAGUAGUUUUUAAUAAAACUUACAGUACUUUGUGUAUUUCUUUUAAUUGUGUAUAUUUCUACUGACCUGAUCUCACUGUUUAUGUUGCUUUCCAAAGAUGUGUGUUGCAUAAUACAGUGGAUCUGAAUUUAUUACUGCUUGUAAAACACAUUUGAUGGAAUAGAAGUACUGGUUUUUCAUUAUGGUUAAAAAUCAAACCAGCUGUGGAUUUCAAAACACAGUGUAUUCUAGAUCAUCUAAGAUCCAUGCUGAUUUUUAAUGCGCAAGAAUUAGGUAUGCACUCUUGAGCUGGAACCCUCAGCAAAUUAGAGUAUAUAUUGUUCAGUAUUUCUUUGGAAACAUUUCAUUAAUGUACUUGUCCUAUAGAAAUUUCUGGACUUUAGUAAAAAAAUAAAGUGAAACUUUAAAAACUC